AUGGCUCCUGACCAUCACCGUGUAACAAUUAUUGGAUCCGGCCCAGCUGGACAUACUGCUGCUAUCUAUCUUGCCCGUGCACAAAUGCAACCUAUUAUGUUUGAAGGCAUGAUGGCCAACGGAUUUGCCCCUGGAGGUCAACUCACAACUACCACUGAUGUCGAGAAUUACCCAGGCUUCCCCACGGGUAUCCUUGGCAGUGAACUCAUGGACUCAAUGCGCGAACAAUCCAUUAGAUGUGGUACAGUUAUCGAAACGGAAACAAUUGCUAAAGUUGAUACAUCUUCUCGUCCCUUUAAAUUAUGGCGUGAAGGCAGUGAGAACGAAGAGGUACCAGCCGACACGACCGACGCCAUUAUUUUUGCUACAGGUGCGUCAGCGAAGCGCAUGAAUUUACCCGGUGAAAGCAAGUACUGGCAAAAUGGCAUCUCUGCUUGCGCAGUAUGUGAUGGCGCUGCUCCUCUCUUUAGAAACAAACCGCUUGUUGUUGUCGGUGGUGGCGACUCAGCUGCUGAAGAAGCAAUUUAUUUGACAAAAUAUGCAUCCAAAGUUCAUGUUCUUGUCCGCCGAGAUGUUCUACGUGCUAGUAAAGUGAUGGCCAGCAGAUUAUUGAAUCAUCCCAAGGUGCAAGUUCAUUUCAAGACUUCUCCUAUUGAGUGCAUUGGUAAUGGUGAUGUUCUUACUGAAGUAUUAUUCCGCAAUACCGAAACUGGAGAAAAAGGCUCUAUUGAAGCCAGCGGCUUAUUUUACGCUAUCGGCCAUACUCCCGCUACCUCACUGGUGAAAGGUCAAGUUGAUCUUGAUGAACAGGGCUACAUUAAGACUGUACCUGGUUCUUCUCUAACAAAUGUAGAAGGCUUCUUUGCUGCUGGUGACGUGCAAGAUAAGCGUUACCGCCAAGCUAUUACUUCCGCAGGCUCUGGUUGUAUGGCUGCUCUCGAUGCCGAAAGAUACUUAUCAGAGCUUGAAUGCUAG